AUGGCACAACGAACGAAAGUCUCUCGUGCCUUGAAGGCACUUGAGGUCCGCCACGAACCCGGUCUCACCGAUGUCCAACUCAUGCUCAACAACGACGACCUGAAGCCUGUGGAGCCAGAACGUAGACAAUGGGGUGCAUGGCACUUCGUCGCCUUCUGGAUGGCCGACUCCUUCAACAUCAACACAUGGAUGAUCUCGAGUGCCAGUGUUCAGGAUGGCCUCUCAUGGUGGCAAUCCUGGAUCUGUGUCUGGAUAGGAUACACAAUCGCUGCCAUCUUCGUCGUUCUCACUGGUCGCAUUGGAGCAAAAUAUCACAUCUCUUUCCCAGUCGUCUCCCGUUCCAGUUUCGGUAUCUGGGGAGGUCUUUGGCCCGUCUUCAACCGUGCAGCCAUGGCCUGUGUCUGGUAUGGAGUCCAAAGUUGGAUUGGAGGUACUUGCGUGUACCUCAUGAUUCGCAGUAUCUGGCCUAGCUGGGACAAGUACGGCCUCGGCGGACCCAAGAACACAUUGUCAGAGUCUUCUGGUACCAACACUCGCGACUUCGUCUCCUUCUUCCUUUUCUGGCUAUGCUCUCUGCCCGCACUGUGGUUCCCUGUCCACAAGAUCCGCCACCUCUUCGCAGUAAAGUCCGUUGUUGCACCCGCAGCUGGUAUUGCCUUCUUCAUCUGGGCUAUUGUCAGAGCACACGGUCUCGGUCCCAUCGUUCGUCAGCCUGCUAAGCUCGAGGGUGGUGAGCUUGGCUGGGCUAUCGUCAAGGGCAUCAUGAGCGCUGUUGCCAACUUUGCUGCUCUGAUCAUGAACAACCCCGACUUCAGCAGAUUUGCAAAGCGUCCCGAGAGCGCCAUGCUGCCCCAGCUCAUCACCAUCCCUGUUGGUUUCGCUGUCACCUCCUUCAUCGGCAUCAUCGUCUCUUCCUCGUCAGCUGUCAUCUACGGUCAACCCGUCUGGUCACCCCUGACGCUACUCGAAAACUUCCUCAACGACGCCAAUGUCGGUGGAGCAACACGCUUCGGUGUCUUUGUCAUCGCUGCCGCCUUCUCGCUCGCUCAACUCGGUACCAACAUCGCUGCCAACUCCGUUUCGGCUGGUACAGAUAUGACAGCUUUGUUCCCUCGCUUCCUGUCCAUCAGAAGAGGAUCAUACAUCUGCGCCAUUAUUGGUCUCUGCAUGUGCCCAUGGAACUUGAUGAGCUCGAGCAACAACUUCACCACCUACCUCUCCGCCUACAGUGUGUUCCUGUCUUCAAUCGCUGGUGUUAUGGUCUGCGACUAUUACUUUGUUCGUAAAGGAUACCUUCAAGUCAGAAACCUGUACUCCGCAGACAAGACUGGACCAUACUACUUCACCUACGGUGUACACUGGAGAGCAUACGCUGCCUACAUCGCUGGUAUCCUCAUCAACGUUGUCGGUUUCGCUGGUGCAGUGGGUCAAAAGGUUCCCAAGGGCGCAACUUACAUCUACAACCUCAACUACUUCUGCGGCUUCUUCAUUGCAGCAAUCACGUACUGGAUCUUGUGCAAGGUCUCUCCCAUUCCUGCGACAAGUGAGACUUGGCUUGAGGUCGAUGAUGAUGGUGAGCCCAACAGCUUGGCGUACGAUGGACAGUACGAUGAGGAAGCCAUGGGUGAGAUGUCGAAGGAUGGAAAGAAGCCUGAUACCAAGGUUGUACCUUACUGA